AUGCCGUCCACCAUCAAUGCAGCAGUGGCUCAGCAGACAGGUUCUGGGUCAGUUCCCAGUGCUACUGUCAGCACUACUGAAGGUACAGGUGGAGGCUCAGGGGGAAUUUAUUCUGCCAUUAUAAGUCGCAACCAGCCCAUUAUCAAAGUAAAGGAGAAGACCUAUGAAGAGCUUCAUAAGAAGUGUCUGGAGCAAAAUAUUCUGUAUGAAGAUCCUGAUUUUCCACCAAAUGAGUCCUCCCUCUUCUACAGCCAGAAAAUACCCAUCAAGUUCGAAUGGAAAAGACCACGUGAAAUCUGCGAGAAUCCACGGUUUAUUAUUGGUGGAGCCAACAGAACAGACAUCUGCCAAGGAGAAUUAGGUGACUGCUGGUUCCUGGCUGCCAUUGCUUGCCUGACACUGAAUAAAAAACUACUCUGCAGAGUCAUACCUCAUGACCAGUCUUUUAUACAGAACUAUGCUGGCAUCUUUCACUUCCAGUUCUGGCGCUAUGGAGACUGGGUGGAUGUCGUCAUCGAUGACUGCUUGCCCACAUACAACAACCAGCUGGUCUUUACCAAGUCCUCCCAACGCAAUGAGUUCUGGAGUGCCCUCCUGGAAAAGGCCUAUGCAAAGCUCCAUGGAUCAUAUGAAGCUUUAAAAGGAGGCAACACCACUGAAGCCAUGGAGGACUUCACUGGUGGAGUCACAGAAUUCUAUGAGAUAAAGGAUGCCCCUAAAGAUAUUUACAAAAUCAUGAAGCAUGCUAUUGACAGAGGAUCUCUCAUGGCCAGUUCCAUUGAUGAUAACCUGGGCUUCUCCUACGGAUCAGCUCCUCGGAGCAGCAUUGGGGAACAGAUUGCUCGAAUGGUGAAGCAGUUAGAAAAUGCACAGAUGUCUUACCCCACCGUAGACUACCAGGCAACGGAUGAGAGACCAGCAUGGACCAUAGUGCCAAUGCAGUAUGAAACCCGGAUGUCCUGCGGGCUCGUCAAAGGCCAUGCCUACUCUGUCACUGCCGUGGAGGAGACAAUAUUUAAAGGGGAAAAAAUACGUCUAGUAAGGCUGAGAAACCCCUGGGGGCAGGUGGAAUGGAAUGGGCCUUGGAGUGACAAGUCAGAGGAGUGGAACCUCAUUAAUGAAGAAGAGAAGAUCCGCCUGCAGCACAAAGUUGUGGAGGACGGCGAGUUCUGGAUAUCAUUUGAAGAUUUCAUGAGGCAUUUCACAAAACUCGAAAUCUGUAACCUCACACCUGAUACUCUGGAAGCAGAUAAACUGAAGACCUGGACUGUGUCAGUCAAUGAAGGGCGCUGGGUGAGAGGCUGCUCAGCUGGAGGUUGCCGCAAUUACCCAGACACAUUUUGGACCAAUCCCCAGUAUCGCUUGAAGCUUCUGGAGGAAGAUGAUGAUCCUGAGGAUGAAGAGGUUAUCUGCAGCUUCCUUGUUGCACUGAUGCAGAAGAACAGGAGGAAAGAACGCAAGCUGGGAGCCAACCUGUACACCAUUGGCUUUGCCAUCUAUGAGGUACCAGCUCUAAUGCAUGGCACCAAGCACCACUUGCAAAAAGAUUUUUUCCUCUACAAUGCCUCCAAAGCCAGAAGUAAGACCUAUAUAAACAUGCGAGAGAUCUCGGAGCGCUUCCGGCUUCCCCCCAGUGAGUACGUUGUCAUCCCAUCAACAUAUGACCCCCAUCAGGAGGGAGAAUUCAUCCUCAGGGUCUUCUCAGAGAAAAGAAGCCUUUCAGAGGAGGUUGAAAACAUGAUUGAGGCAGAGCGUCCAUCACAUCCUUCAGCAAAAACUCGGGAGAAGAGCGAAGAGGAAAACCAGUUCAGGAAUAUUUUCCGACAGAUAGCAGGGGAUGACAUGGAAAUCAAUGCUGAAGAACUCAGGAAUGUUCUCAACAAUGUUGUGAAAAAACAUAAAGACCUAAGGACAGAAGGAUUUGAACUGGAGUCCUGCCGCAGCAUGAUUGCUUUAAUGGAUACAGACGGCUCAGGGAAGAUAAACUUUGACGAGUUUCGACAUCUCUGGGAGAAGAUAAAAAGCUGGCAGAAAAUUUUCAAGCGGUACGACACGGAUCACUCGGGAACCAUUAACAGCUACGAGAUGCGCAAUGCAGUCAACGAUGGAGGGUUUCGGCUCAACAACCAGCUCUACGACAUCAUCACCAUGCGCUACGCCGACAAGAACAUGAACAUAGACUUCGACAGCUUCAUUUGCUGCUUUGUGCGCCUGGAUGCCAUGUUCAGGGCAUUCCAUGCCUUUGAUAAAGAUGGAGAUGGCAUCAUUAAGCUCAAUGUCCUGGAGUGGCUGCAGCUCACGAUGUAUGCAUAACACUGGAACCAGUGGCCACCUCCAUCAAGAACACAGUCAAGACUUUUGGAGUCAUUAGUCCACAAGUGCAAAUGAGCAUUUCUGCAUUAUGUACUUUGCAAGUGGGCAGAAGCCCUUGGAAAAGAGACAACCCUACUCCAGCAGGCAGAGCAGUGUGCACAUUCUCUAACUACUUUUACAACAUCUUGGCUCUCCUUUGGGCAACAAGGAUUAAUUUACCGGUGACUGAACCGUUGUCUGCAUGGUAAAGACAUGGAGCAUGCAUCAUUUUUCUGCUUAUGCUAGUAACUGGAAAAGUCUUACAUCAAGUCAGGCAAAACUGGAACUGCAGCUGAAGUGUGGACAGAGGCAUUUACUUUUAACUAGGCACUACCCCCUUGUCCUGCUUUUGGUACAAUCACUUCAGCCUCUGCAUAGUGUCGACAGAGUAUCUGAGGAGAUUGUGCUAAAUUACACGGAGAUAAUUAAUGCAUUGUAAGAGAUGUGGCAGUGCAGGUUACUUCUCUGCCACACUAGAAGCAUGGAUGGUGUAAGGCACAACAGACUGCAGGGACAAACUACAGCUUUGUUUAGUGUCAAAGCAAAAGCCUCAGAACUGAGAGUUUUGCUCUCAUUUUUAGUACCUCUAUAGUCUCUUAAUUGCACAUUGGACCUCUGAAAGGGUUUUUAACUGCUUUCUCUACAAGAUGAAGAAAGUUGCUUCUUAUUUAAUAUAUCAAACUUCUUAUGCAUAUAAGUUUAUUUACCUACACACACACACACACACACUCCUUCACGGUCCUGUUGCCUGACAGAAUGGAGUAUUCCUUUAUUGCAAGGGGUGAUUAGUAGCAGAAGAAUUGGACACUACCUUAAAACCACUUUGGGAAUAUUAUUAGAAUGGGCAAGUACAACUGAUUUAAUUGUACCAGAAAUAAAAUCAAAUGGAUUUUGGCCUAAUCUUAAA